CGGAGGACCCUUAACAGCCGCUAAUUCCUUCUCACGUGAACAGCUCCAUGUGAGCGCGGAGUUGACAGUAUUUGGUCCACAAAAUAACUGUUUGCAUCCAAUCAUUAUCGUUAAGAAUAACAUGGAUAUUAUUGAAGAUGACGAGCAGUUAGGUGAGACGUCUGAGGAGAACAGCGAAUUAUCUGACGGAGAGGUAACUGGUUAUUUUAUAGCGUGCUAGCUAACAUUAGCCAGGUUAGCUAGCUACUGUAGUUAGCUAACAAUGUCUCCACUAACGUUAUGUAGGUGAUCUACAACGCGUAACUUUGCUGUGUUUUUCGUUUUCAUUAGCUUCAAGAUGCAUUCGCAAAGGGGUUGUUAAAGCCUGGGUUGAACUUUACAACACAAGAACCGAAGAAGAUUGUCAACAAUGUGGUGAGUGUUGACAUGCGCAGAUGAACAUGUGUCUGCGACCAGAAAGCCACCAUUGUCUAUCGCUCUCUAAUUCAUGCUUUAUUCGACUCAUAAAUCACAAAUUAGUUAAUUUUCUAAUACGACCCGUAUUUUCUUCAUGGUUGUGGGCAGGAGGGUUUGAAACAAUGCCUCGCCGACUUUCGUAAAAACACACUACCCUGGGUAGAGAGGCUGGACAUGGUCAAUCUCCCAGCUGAUGACAUCGUUGCCAAGUCCGAGGGCAGACUCGACAACAAGGCCAGCGGAGACAUCAACCCAGAUGACGACUUCCAGAGAGAGAUGUUCUUGUGAGUGUCUAAUGUCCAUACACGUUUAUAUCAGUGGACAGAGACUUUGUUGUAAUGUCAUGAUGUAGUCCUAGUAAUAGCAAUUGUAAAACAUAUCCUCUCUUUCAUUGGUGUCUUCCAGUUACCGCCAAGCCCAAGCAGCUGUUCUGGAGGCGAUGCCCCGGCUACUGAAGCUGAAGAUAGCCACCAAGAGACCUGAGGACUACUUUGCAGAGAUGGCCAAGUCAGACCAGCAAAUGCAAAAGGUAGGAUGUCCUGACCUUACUCUCAGAGAUCUUGCCAUCUGUCAUUAUAUGUAUGUGACUGAAUUGCGUCAGGUAUGGAUUGAUCUCUCUGACACAAAAACUGUUGAAACGGUAUGUGUUGUCCAGCUUUUCCUUUAGCCAGUAAUUGCAGGCUUUUGGUAGAUAAAUGCAUGAAAGCAAAUAAACAUUGAAGUAUCCUGAUGAAAAUAAAUAUCCUCUAUAAAUCACAUUGGCUAUGCAUUGAGGUUGGUUCAGGAUGUCUUCUAAUUGCAUAAUCUCUCUACUCUGUCUUGAGCUAGUGCUCUCAAUAUGGAACUUGCAACAUUGUAUCAUGGUAGCGGUGUUGUGAUACUGGUGGUUUCUCGGAACAGGGAUUUUAACGUUGUGGCUAGAUGGAGUACAGCUGUAGCAUUUUAGCUAAGCCUAACCCUUUUCCUAACAUUGACCUAAUUCUUCUAACCUGCUACGUUAUGUCUCCUAACCUGCUACGUAAAGUCACUACUAUUCCUGUAGUUGUACUUCGUAGCCACAACCGUAGAAGCCAUCUGUCCCGAGGACCAUAAGUAUCACCACAACGGUGAGACACAACUGUAUGCACACGGGAGAAGUGUUCUGGUAUUUUAUGACGUUUUGCUAGAUUAUUCUCCCUAAAAUAGAAUUUACAAAAUUGUCAUACCUAGUCCACCAAGGAGGAGUAUUUAGAUGAAGUAAUUGCGCUUCCCUCUUCCACUAAUCUAAUGUCUGGUCGAGUAGUUGGCUAAAAACAGUGCAACACUAGCUCGAUAGCUAACUAGCUACUUUACCAAGGACGGAGGCACAGACAAGUGGAAAAAUAAAUACACUCUGCAGCAGAGGAUAUUGACAAGCUAGAUGGACGGAGGUAGACACGCUUUGUGCAUGGAGCCAAUGUGGUAGGCUAUCAUUCCUUGCAUUAUUAUUGCAGUCAUUUCCAUGGUGGUGUCAAUGAGUAGGCAGUGGGCACUCCUAAAAGCAUUAAGCGUUUAUCAUAGUCCAAAAGGGUGAAUGCAUACGCACAGCAGUGUUGUAGAAUAUUGGACCGUUGGCUUUCAUACUUCUCACAUUCUCAGAGCAGUUCAAGCAAUUUGUCCAACUGUCAAUGCAUUCAAAUGAAUAGAGGAUGCGUACCAGAGACUGGUUGGUUUGGAAUUGUAGGGAGGUACGCGUUCGGGCUGUUCGUCCCCCGCGGAUGUUGGUCUCAGAGCUGUGUAGCUAUGUAUGUCACAAUGGGACGCCGGACUAUCGCGUCCUAGCAUCUGUGGACUAUGAUUUACACUUUACACUACACGUGGCUGGCAUCCAAAUGGGAUUCUGUUUGAUAUGCACAUUUGUCCAGCAAAUUCAAAUCUGGUUGGACAUUUGACCGUCACGGAAAUACUGGUGUGGUCAUGAAUAAUGCUUUGUCUUUUCCUACAGAUCAGGAAGAAACUCAUCACGAAGCAGAUCAUGAUGGAGAAGUCGGAAAAGGCCAAGAAACUAAGAGAACAAAGGAAGUACGGCAAGAAGGUGAGUCUCCAUUCCUCUCACUGGAAUUGUACUCUUUAUUAUGUCGUCUUGGUGCAUUGUGAUCUUAUGAAAUGGGUGUUGUAGGUGCAAGUAGAGGUUAUUCAGAAGAGACAGAAGGAGAAGAAGGCCAUGAUGUCUGCUGUGAAGAGGUAUCAAAAAGGUGGGUCCUCUGUUUCUACAUGUUUUGUUUAUCACCCAAGUCACCCAACUUGUUCGCACUAUUUUGGUUAAGUUGCUUUGGGUGACAUCAUCUGCUAAAUGGGAUUCAUAACGUUAAACACCUUCCUCUCUCGUAGGCAUGACUGACAAACUGGACUUCCUGGAAGGAGAUCAGAAGACCGCUAGAGGAGCUCCAGCUAAAGGAGGAGCUCCAGCUAAAGGGGGUGCAGGGAAAGGGUCAGGAGGCCAAACACCUGAUAAAAAGGCCAUGAACAAGAAAGGGUAAGACGCCACAGAGAUGGGAAUGUUGUGCUCAAUGCUUCUUCUCCACCUACCUACCUAUAUUAAUUGUAUUCAGUGCUUUUAUACCAAAUCUAUAUGUACUGUACUUGGACUAAAACUGAAACCUCUGACUUGACAGGCCCAAUGCUAAGAGGAAGUAUAAAGACCAGAGGUUUGGCUUUGGCGGGAAGAAGAGUGGAACCAAGUGGAACACCAAGGACAGCCACAACGAUGUGUCAGGGUUCCGAGCCAAGGUGGCUCAUGGGAAAGGAGGAAAGAGAGGGAAAGGAGGCAAUGCGGGACCAGGAGGAAGGGGCCCCACCAAAGGAGGGACUGUAAGUCACUGACAGACAUGAUUGGGUCAUACAAUAUCACAUUUUGAAUUAAAAUAGUGUAUUGUUUAUAGUGUUGGUACAUUUUGUUUCAGUUAUUAUUUGAAAAAUCGUAGUUCUUUUGUAAUUUUGAAUUUUUGAUUCUUCAGAAACGACCUGGCAAGAAUGCGCGCAAGAAGAUGAAGGGUCGCUCCUAA